CCCCGCCUUCCUUCCGGGGCGGGACUUCCCGUCCAUUAUUGAUAGGCGCCGGGCUGCAGAGUUGGUGGAAGGAGCACACAGGAGGCUCCGCCCCCAGCGUCCCGUGGCCAUGACGACCGCCCAGCGGGACGCCCUGGUGUGGAAGCUCGCCGGGCUGCUGCGGGAGUCUGGUGAUGUGGUCCUGUCUGGCCGUAGCACUCUGAGCCUGUUGACUGGCACCCUGCAGCAGCUGAGCCACGUGUUUGAGCUGCACCUGGGACCAUGGGGCCCUGGCCAGACAGGCUUUGUGGCUCUGCCCUCUCAUCCCGCCGACUCCCCUGUCAUCCUCCAGCUUCAGUUCCUCUUCGAUGUGCUGCAGAAAACUCUUUCACUCAAGCUGGUACAUGUCCCUGGUUCUGGCCUCCCAGGGCCCAUCAAGAUUUUUCCCUUCAAGUCCCUUCGGCAUCUGGAGCUCCGAGGUGUCCCCAUCCAUUGCCUUCGUGGCCUCUGUGGCAUCUACUCCCAGCUAGAGACCCUGAUUUGCAGCAGGAGCAUCCAGGCAUUAGAGGAGCUCCUCUCAGCCUGCGGUGGUGACCUCUGCUCUGCCCUGCCUUGGCUGGCUCUACUCUCUGCCAACUUCAGCUACAACGCACUGACUUCUUUAGACAGCUCCCUGCGUCUCUUGUCAGCUCUGCGCUUCCUGAAUCUGAGCCACAAUCAAGUGCAGGACUGUGAGGGCUUCCUGAUGGACUUGUCUGAGCUCUGCCAUCUGGACAUCUCCUAUAACCACCUGCAUAUGGUGCCAAGAAUAGGACCCUCAGGGGCCGCUCUGGGGACCCUGAUACUGCGAGGCAAUGAGCUCCGGAGCCUGCAGGGCCUGGAGCGGCUGAGGAACCUGCGGCACCUGGAUGUGGCGUACAACCUGCUAGAAGGACACAGGGAGCUGUCCCCGUUGUGGCUACUGGCUGAGCUCCGCAAGCUCUACCUGGAGGGGAACCCUUUGUGGUUCCACCCUGCGCAUCGGGCGGUCACUGCCCAGUACUUGUCACCCCGUGUCAGGGAUGCUGCAGCCGGCUUCCUUCUCGAUGGGAAAGUCUUGUCACUGACUGACUUUCAGCUCUCCACAUCCUCCAGCUCCAUGGCUCCACCUGUGCUCUGGCCAGCAGGGAGUACUGUUGAAACCUCAGGUGGCCCUGACUUGAGCGACAGCAUCUCCUCUGGGGGCGUUGUGGCCCAGCCCCCACAUCGUAAGGUUAAGAGCCGAGUCCGUGUGAGGCGAGCAAGUAUCUCAGAACCCAGUGAUACAGACCCAGAGCCCCGUACUCUGGACCCCUCCCCGGCUGGGCAGUUUGUGCAGCAGCAUCGGGAACUUGAACUCAUGAACAGCUUCCGGGAACGGUUUGGCUGUGACUGGCUACAGUAUAGGAAUCACCUGGAGACCUCUGGGACCCCGGUUCUGGCUGCCUCCCAGACCCCUGCCCUCAGCACUCUGUGCCCAGACACCCUGAGCCCAGGGUCCGUGCCUGGGCCUCCCUGCCCAGAGAAGGAAUCACAGCAGGAAAUGGCAGAGGAGGUCAGGCUACGGCCGGAGCCCCGGGAAGAAGAGGUGGUGGAGGAGCUGGUGAAGGAGGAAGAAGGAAAGGAGGAAGACGAGGAGGAGCAGGAGCAGAAUGAAGUGGAGGCGGAACUGUGUCGCCCCAUGUUGGUGUGUCCCCUGGAGGGGCCUGAGGGCAUGCGGGGCAGGGAAUGCUUUCUCCGGGUCACUUCUGGCCACCUGUUUGAGGUGGAACUCCAAGCGGCCCGGACCCUGGCACGGCUGGAGCUCCAGAGUCUAGAGGCGGCUGAGGUGGAGCCCGAGCCUCGGACCGGGAGAGAAGCGGUGCUCGAGGGCUCAGAUCCGCUCCCCAGGGCCCCUGUCCUUGUUCUGCGUUUCUCCUAUAUUUGCCCUGACCGGCAGCUGCGUCGAUAUGUGGUGCUGGAGCCCGAUGCCCAUGCAGCUAUCCAGGAGCUGCUUGCCGUGUUGACCCAAGCAGCCACCACGGCUCAGUGUCAGCUUGGGGAAGCAAGAGACCCGCUGAGGGGCAGACUCCAGUGUCUACGUUGUGGCCAUGAGUUCAAGCCAGAGGAGCCCAGGUUGGGAUUAGACAGUGAGGAAGGCUGGAGGCCUCUGUUCCAAGAGACAGAAUCUCCUGCUGUAUGUCCAAACUGUGGUAGCGAUCAUGUGGUUCUCCUGGCUCUGUCCCUGGGGACCACCAACAGGGAGCACAGGGAGGGAGAGCAAUCGCCAGCUCCCUUGCAGUCCACCAGCACUGUCUGUGACCCUUCUGACCACAGUGACCACAGCGACAGGGCCGACCCGGCCCCAUCUCAGGCACCAGUCUCCCGAGAUCACCACAGUUGGAGCCUCAGUCCCCCCCCUGAGCGCCACGGCCUCCGCUCCGUGGACCACCGACUCCGGCUCUUCCUGGAUGUUGAGGUGUUCACCGAUGCCCAGGAGGAGUUCCAGUGCUGCACCAAGGUGCCCGUCGUGUUGGCAGGCCACCCUGGGGAGUUUGUGUGUCUUGUGGUGGUGUCUGACCACAGGCUUUACGUGUUAAAAGUGACAGGGGAGAUAAGCGGGCCUCCGGCUAGCUGGCUACAGCCAACCCUGGCCGUCCCCCUGCACGACCUGAGUGGCCUCGAACUGGGGCUGGCAGGACAGAGUCUGCGGCUGGAGUGGGCUGCCGGGACAGGCAGCUGUGUCCUGCUGCCCCGCGAUGCCAGACAUUGCCGGGCCUUCCUAGACGAGCUCACCGAUGUCUUGCAGGCUCUGCCUCCUGCCUGGAGGAGCAGUGUCAGCGCCACAGAGGAGGAGGUAACCCCGGAGCACCGCCUCUGGCCUUUGCUGGAGAGGGGCUCUUCCUCGGAGCCUCCCCUGUUCUUCUACCUUCGGGUGUUCCUGGUCGAAGGCCCUGCAACCUGCCCUGUGUCCCUGUUGAUGACUCUGUCCACCCUGUACCUGUUAGAGGAGGACGUUGCAGGGUCCCAGGCAGAGCCUCCUCUUCCAGCACCAUCUGGUGAAGCUUCUGAGAAGUUCCUGCCCUUGGGGCUGGGCCCUUCUGUGCAUGUCAGGGAGCAGUGGCCACUCAGCAGCCUGAGCUCGGUGCUGCUGUAUCGCACGGCCCCGGGGGACCUGCGACUGGUCUUCUAUGACGAGGUGUCCCGGCUGGAGAGUUUUUGGGCACUUCGGGUUGUGUGUCCUGAGCAGCUGACGGCCCUGUUGGCCUGGAUCCGGGAGCCCUGGGAGGAGUUGUUUUCCAUCGGACUCCGGACUGUGACCCAGGAGGCUCUAGAUCUUGACCGGUGAGGCUUCCUUGCCGACCCCGCUUUGGCCUUAGGAGCCACGGCUGCAGACUGUCUCUCCAGACUCUGGCUGUGGACUUCUCCAGCCUUUGGAUGCUCAGUGAGGCCCCAGAAUGACCCAGGAAAGGGUCAUCUCACCCAAGGGAAGGGUGAGAGAAGUUGCCUGGCCUGGUCUGGCCCAAGGGGUCAAGCUAAGUGGUCAGUAGGAACGUGUCUCCUGCACAGUGUCUCAGGUAUCAAUAAAUUGUUUCCAUUCCAGAG